AUGGCUGGUCUCCAAUACAACUUCUUUCCCACUGAUUUCUUCGUUCCUCCUCAGAAGACAGUUGCCAAAGACGCCGCCACUCGCCCACAACAACUUACUCUGCCAAGAACAAUCGAUGAAACAGAGGAUGUUUCCAACGGUCAAAAGCUCAAAUUAACCAAGAACUUGAAAGCAAUCCCUCCUUCAUCUUCAUCAUCAUCCGUAACCUUGGCUCCGGUUCGCAAGCGAACUCAACAAGCCCAACGGCCGGAGCAACCGUCGGCGAGUGCGGAGCUAAAGCAGUUCAACCAGAAUCCAAAUUCGCUUGAAGAGGUUGAAUCCAGAUCCGGCGGUUUCCACGCUGGGCCAUGCAACUGGCAUCCGUUUCUCCUCCUUUCAUCCCCAGCUUCGUCGAGAAAGGGAGAAGGGAAGUCAUCCUUUGGUUGUCGUCGUCAUCGCCUAAUUGCAGCUGGUGUCUUGACUCCAACUUCAGUCUUCGAUUUCGGCAUCGUCGUCGGCAGUAACGGACGGGCUUCACAAAUCCGAGGACGCCUACAUGUCCGAGGAUGUCGUCUCAAUCCGUGGAUGCCUACAUGUCCAAAGAUGAAGGCUCAUCAAUCCGAGGACGAAGGCGCCAGGAUGUCAGCAAAGCCCGUCUCGAUCCCCGUGGUCAACGGCACCGUGUGGCCUCCGUGGUCUUGGAGCUUUUGUAAGCCCCUCUCGAUCCCUGUGGUCGACGGCACCGUGCGGCCUCCGCGGCCUACGGCACUCCUACGGCCUCCGUGGUCUUGGAGCUCUUAUAAGCCUGUCUCGAUCCCCGUGGUCGACGGCACUGUACAGCCUCCACGGCCUACGGCACUCCUACGGCCUCCGUGGUCUUGGAGCUUUUAUAAGUCCGUCUUGAUCCCCGUGGUCGACGGCACCGUGUGGCCUCCGUGGUCUUGGAGCUUUUGUAAGUCCGUCUCGAUCCCCGUGGUCGACGGCACUGUACGGCCUCCGCGGCCUACGACAUUCCUACGGCCUCCACGGUCUGGGAGCUUUUAUAAGCCCGUCUCGAUCCCUGUGGUCGACGGCACUGUAUGGCCUCUGCGGCCUUGA